AACUAUCCCUUUACUUUCAUUUCGAGCCCUAUCAAAAAAACAUUUUUAAAAUUCAAAAUAUUAUCAGACUAUUUAUGUGUAUGGAAUGCCGGUCGCCGUUCGUUUGGUAGAAGCUCUGGCCAUAGUAACACUGAUGGCUUUGAUUACAUGCGUCUCUCUCUGUGUCGUGAUUGCGCAGCAUUCGCUGAGUCUUGUAGUAACAUUCAUAGAGCCAGCUGCAAACAUACUCGAUGUCGUAUUGCUUAUGGCCGAAAAAUUGUUGGUAGGCGCAUUGGUAUGCAGUGCUACCCUCAUCAAUACUGUCUGUUGUGCUCUGCAUGUGAUUGGAUUUGCUUAAAGAAUCGACUUUCAUCCACAAUCCCGGUCUGACAGACCUGUACAAUAAUUUUGGUGGCUUUUCGAACUCUCGUCCAAAUUGUUAACAAUUUCGCACAUUGAUAAGUAUUUUAAGUUUACUCAACGUCUGCUGUUGCAAUUCAAAGGCACUCUUUGGCCCCCAUAACAAGCGCACGACAGGAAAAGCCAAAGCACAAAAUAUAUAAAGGCUCAAACACUAAUAUUCAAUCAAACAAUUUCACGCCCCAAUAAAUUUUUUUAACCAGCCGGCGGCUAAGCACAAAAUGCGCUCGAUUGCAGCAAAUAUGCGCUAUGCUUGAAAAAAGGCACUAAAAAAUAGAGAUGUCUUUAGCGAGGACUAACUACCAGAUACCCUAUAUGUAGAACAGAAAAAAUUUAAGUGACAAAUUUUUCGCAUUAUUUAUUUGUAAAACUCACAAAAAAUUUCAUAAAUUAAG